AUGGCGUCGGCGCUGACGUACCGUGGUGGCAGCGCGGCGCCAGGCUCCGCCUCCAACGGCGGGGAGUGCACCCCGAAGCCCUCCAAGCCGCUCUCCUGGCUCUCCCGCGCCGCGCGCUACGCCGCCGCCGAGCACCGCCCCGUCUUCGCCCUCGCCGGCAUGCUCUUCGCUGCCGCCCUCUUCACUUUUCUCCUCCCACUCCACUUCGUCGCCGUCCGAGCCCGCCGCGUCGGUCGGAUUCAACCACCUUGCCGUCACCGGACACCCGUCCUUCCGCGAGUCCGUCGGCGGCAAGGUGCCCCUGGGCUGCGUCGGCGCGCGCUGCGGGUGCUCGUGACGGGCGGCGCCGGGUUCGUGGGGAGCCACCUGGUGGACCGGCUGGUGGAGCGCGGCGACAGCGUGAUCGUGGUGGACAACUUCUUCACGGGGCGGAAGGGCAACGUGGCGCGCCAUCUCCAGAACCCAGGGUCGAGGUGA